AUGUCUAUCUGUGUGUUGGUUGGAGGCGUGCAGAAAGGUUCGCCUCUCUUCAAUUCGCUAGUGUCAGAUUUGCCUUGAAGCUCCGUGUCCAGAUAUAUUCGUAGCCCUGCAACUAUCGUCCAACACCUCUUGUUUUUCAUCCUACCCUACCUACCUAGUUGUACAUUGACUUCGCAUAUAUUCUUCUUCAAGAAAAAACUCGUCCUCGUCGUCCUCCAAAAUGGGCGCUUGCCAGAGUGCCCUUCAGGGCGAUAUUAAGGCAACCAUCAAGAGAGCUUCCUCAUCCUCUUUAUCGGGUCUGGACGUUGAUCAUCCUCAUUCCAGACCUUACGCAUUUUCCUUGGCUCUUUUCCAAGAAAGGGGAAAACAAGAAGUAUCUUCAGGGGAAAAUUAUCGCCAAGGACGAGGAUUGUGUCACCGUGUCUACACCAGGAGGAGGAGGACUGUGUCACCGUGUCUACACCAGGAGGAGGAGGACUGCGUCCUCACCAGGACGUCUGUGUCACCAGGAUGACGCGAUACUAGGUCCCCUCUAACGUUAAGUAUCUCAACACGAAGCCGAGCAAAAAGUCGUUUCAGCAGGACAGGUUGAAGAAUCAGCAAUUCGCAGAGGAUUUGGUUUUUAUCGAACGUGUGCCUCUCUUCAGUCGACUCAGCAAGGCAGACAUCCCGUUGGUAGUGUCGGCUCUGGUUAUGGUGUCGUGAAGGUGAAUGUUCUUGGUAGAUUUGCAUUUGCAUGCUGUACCUCUUGAUUAAGAUCAUAGGGAUUAUAUGACAACGACAAGAAGGACAAGAUGAUCCUUCGUCACGGAUAUCCUAAUCCUAAUCCUAUUGAUGCUAUCUCGUAGACUUAUUCCGCCUUCAAGCAACCUACUGCUUACGCUACUCAAUCAAAGAACUCAGUGCUGACGCAUUGCUUCUAAGGGAAAAAGAAAAGAUUUCCGAAGUGGCGAAGUUGUGAUCCAAGAGGGAGAAAAAGGGAAUGAAUUCUUUCUCAUCAAGAGUGGUGAGGCCAGAGUCUACAAGGACAAUGUGGAAAUAGCCAGCCUGAAGCCCGGUGACUACUUCGGAGAAGCCAGUUUGCUGGAAGAUACACCGCGAAAUGCGACUGUCAAGGUACUGUAAGGAGCGAACAAUACUAGAACUUCUACAGUAGAAGUACUCUCAUCAAAUACAUUUACGUUUCCUUUCACGGACUCUCAUCAAAUACGUAGUUUCCUUUCACUGAUUCCCAGAGUACUCUCAUCAAGAAAUUAUAUAUUUCCUUUCAUCACUUCUGACCCGUCUGCACCAUCUACUCCACAGGCAUGCCAAGGCGUUCUCACAGUCCUUUGCCUCACCAGACAGAAGUUUGAGGACUUGGGUGUGCGCAAUCGUCUUCGCUUUCCGAGACGACGCGCAGUAGCAGCCGAUGGAGGCGAUGUCGAAUCGGCAAAACCAGUGCGCAAUGCGCAGGAACUUAUGAAUGUAGUGAUGUGGAGGUGGACUCCCAAGUAGAAUAAAAAAACUCAAAACAAGCGAGCUACUGACUGAAAUAAGAGAGUCUUGUUCUUGACUACGUUUCUCUUCUUUCAGUAUCUCCCUUAUUUUCAAUAGUUACUCGGUUAUUUCAGUUUUUCGAAUAGAAUAAGAAGAUCAUGAAAUAAAGAUGUUGCUGCAAGUAGAAUAAGAAGAUUAAUAUUAAAGAUUAACGAAAGCACUAAGUAAAACAACCGGUUAGUUUUCACCUCUAUAAAUUUAGGCUUAUCUCUUGCAAAAAGGAUUAUUAAAGAUUUUGAGACAGGUGAUUUACUUUCAUCAUCAACUAAGAACCUAUGAAGCUUCCAAGAAGACCUCCUUGAGCACUGCCACAAAAUCAUCAUGAUUGAAGAACUUGGAAGCUGUAGCUGUACUACUACAACUAGCACACCACGCCCAUGAAGAUCUUCCCAAGAACCUCUCUAACCUCCACGAAGCUCUUCAGAAGAAGACACCGACAGAUGAGAUUCUGAUCCGAACGGCUUUGGAUCAUAACAAGUACUUGUCGAAGAUGCUCUCCCCAGACCAGAUGCUGGAGAUGAUCGCUGUGGCGUACAAAACUAACGUGAAAGCAGGAGAAAAGGUGGUCACGGAAGGCAGUUUGGUGGCGGAUAUGUACAGAUAGUUGAUUUUUUUGCUUAGUUGUACAAGUAGAAGUUGUAAGUACAAGUAGUAGAUUGAUGUUCCCCCGACAUCAAGAAACUCUACAACUAGUCCUGAUUAAAAAGACCUAGACGAAGACGAGGACCUACAAAUCCUCAGGUUCUACAUCGUCUCUUCCGGUAAAUUCACGGUUCGCAAGUUGGUGAAACAUGAACAGACGAAUGGCGGUUCUCUAUCGAUGGAGGAAAGCAUUGCAGGUGAGCUUCAGGCUGGUGACACCUUUGGCGAACUGGCCCUGUUGUACAACGCUCCCCGAGCUGCGACAGUCGAAGCAUUGUCGGAUUCAUUGCUGUGGGUGAUUGAUCGCCAUGACUUCAAUUAUGAUGCUGAGGCUCACCUUGUAAAAGUUCUAAUGAUCAUGACCAGUUCUUGCAUCGUCUACCUUGUUCCACCUGCACCAGCCGACCUUCUAGUUCGAGUUCUACCCUAAGCCCUAGGCCGAACCCUUCUAAAGCACGAAGAUCCUUCGCAAACAAGCGCAGCAGCGCAACGAUUUCUACAUGCGCUUGGUGGAGAAGACGGAAUUGUUGAAAGAGCUUUUGACCGAUGAAAAGCGUGCAUUGGUCGAGUGCUUUGUCCAACUCCAUUACAAGCAGGGCCAGACAAUAUUGCGCGAAGGAGAGGAAGGAAAUACCUUCUACAUUAUGUACCAAGGUAAGUAGAAGUACUACUUUAUAUAAUAUUGAUUAUUUAUGUAUUUUUUAAUAAAGAUUAACUAUUCCACUAUCGUCUAGAACAACUGCAUUAUGUAGAAGACGGGUUUUGCUUUUGCAGCAAAUAAAUUCUACUUUAUUGAUAAGUUGUAGACGGGUUUUGCAGCAAAAUUCAUUCAACUUGAUCCCUCGUUGUCUACUUCUCUCCGCCUUCGUACAACGCUGUCUUUGAUCCCACCAACAUCACGAGGUACCGUUGGCGUCUCCACCGAAGAGAAAGGUAAGAUCGCAACUCUGACAGCGUCUCCCGAGAACUGUCAGUAUUUUGGAGAACAAGCCCUCGUCAACCCAGAACGGCGUAAUGCAAGUAUCACGGUAGAGUCGCAGUCUGUGUCUCUGUUGGUGCUCGAGCGAUCGACAUUCGAACAGAUUUUGGGACCUUUGAAGUACUUAGAAAAAAUUGACAUUUUUUCAUUUUUUAUGCAAAAUUUUUAGAACGAGGUCCGUCUUCAACAGCAAAAAAAUUAUUUGAAUUGUUUGAACUUGCUUAUAAGAACUUUACCAGGCGGCCCUCCUUUUUUGUCUUUCAUGAUGAUCGCAACAAGAACAAGAAGAAGAACAUCAACUUUCCUCCAUGAUCUGCUCUAUCAACAGGGAGAUCCUCCAGCACAACGAAAAUGCGAUGGCCGGCAAGCGGCAAAGUAUCCUCAAUCAUCGUCCCACUACUACUCCGGCAAAGGCUUGUUGUAAUGUUCCCUCCAACUUCCAGAAGCCGAAGUUUGAAAGUCUCCAGAAGGUUGGUGUGCUUGGCUGUGGUGGCUUUGGCUCGGUCACUCUGCAACGUGUGAAGAAAACGAAACAGAUGUACGCCCUGAAAGCGGUGUCGAAAGGAUACGUGCUGAAGAUGCAGCUGUGCGAACAGAUCUUGAACGAACGCAAGAUUUUGUCGAUGACUAACUCGCCUUUCAUUGCGCAGUUCUACUUAUGUUGGGGUUCUUGUACCUGAGUCAAGAAAUUCAAUUUCAAUUUCAUGAUCGACUACAUAUAAAUAUGUAGAGCGACGAGUCUAAAAAGACCUUUUGUUCCUCAUCCCCCCGGCGCAACCCGUAACCCGCGUCUAACCCCCUGUACCUACAACCACACCGGCUUUCUGUUCUUUCUCCUCGAGGCCUGUCUGGGAGGUGAAGUAUUUGCUCAGUACGGUCGCCGCGGCUUCCAUGGAUCUGUCCCGCAUUGCGUCUUCUACAGUGCCUGCGUCGUGAAGGCCUUCGAACACUUGCAUGACCGAAAAAUCAUCUACCGAGAUUUGAAACCAGAGAAUAUGCUGUACUUAGUCUUGGAAAAACCAUCUACCGAGGAGAUGAUUUCAAACCAGAGAAUUAUAAAAUAUGCUGUAAGUACUAAGGGGUUUCGUUUUGUUCCAAAUUUGUUUGUAGUCCUCCAAUCAAAUCAAAAAAAAAAGAUCCUCUCCUCAACCACAGCCUCGACCAAGCCGGGUAUUGCAAGCUGACGGAUAUGGGCUUAGCGAAAUUCGUCAUCGGUCGAACCUACACCACCUGUGGCACGCCUGACUAUUUCGCGCCUGAAAUCAUCCAGUCAACAUUAAGGCUCGAGGAAAAGGAAAUCCAUCUUCUCUCUGAAGCAUCCUGAAUACGCUUUAUUUCAAGGGGAUGAAAAGGGGAGCAGAAUGCUUCUCAGGAUGAGCUCUAACUACAGGCCACACCAAUGCCGUUGAUUGGUGGACUUUUGGUAUUCUGGUGUACGAACUCCUGGUAGGUCGCACCCCAUUUGACGGCAUCGAUCCCCAGAUGCGAUACCGCAAGAUUCUGAGUGGUGUGGAGCGACACGACUUCCCGAGAGAAUUAUGACAGACACCAGGAUUGAAUUCUCGAAAAGUCUCUCUUUGAAGAACUUUUUUUGAUCAUGGUCCGUCGGUCCGUUUUAUUUUUCCACCACCUCUACUCCUUUUGAUAAUUUUCCUAAACAAGAACGAGACUGUUACAGCGGAUACAAAGACUUUCCUCGCAUGUUCAAUCAUGUAGUUGUAGUAUCCUCGACUUUCCUCGCAUGUUCAUGUAGUUGUAUCCUCGACUUUCGUCCCUCGCAUGUUCAUGUACUUGUAGUAUCCUCGACUUUCCUCGCUUGUUCAAAUACAUAGUUAUAUCCUUUUUCUCCUCUUCCCUCUUCCCGCCCAGCCUCUAACGCCCGUCCCUGCCAAGGCGGUCGACUUGAUCCAGCAGACCUGUAAGACCGAUCCUUCGCACCGUAUGUGCAUGCGACCAGGCGGUGUUCGUGAAAAUCUGUAUCAGCAUCCGUUCUACGACGCGAGUAAGUGGGAGCUGUUGGAAAAGCGAACGUUGAAGUUACGGUGGAUGAUUUCGAUAUAAGUAAAAAUAAUGAAUAAUGAAGUCGUAACUUUACUGUAAAUUAAUUCUGUAACCAUCUGUAGCAAGCAUGCAUUUUGUAGUUCUUUUUUACUUAUUCUCAGUUUUGAUACUGCAAGUUCAUCUGUAUGAUUCUGUUGUCCUCUGACGGAGUCUGUGAAACGAUUAAGUAAUCCUUUGGUUAUCUACAUUCUACAACAGGGACGGCAAUGAUAUCUCCACAAGAAGACACCAUCUUAAUCUCCUUGUGAUGAUUCCUUCUCCUUCUUAGGAUAUAUAUUCUGAAGAUGAGCAGCAAGAGGAGAAUUUACUACAACUUACUUCUUAGGAUAGUCAUCUGAGUGAAGAGCAAGAGGAGAACUGACAACUUAGAAAAUGUAGAUCACCUUUCAUAUCUGGAGGAUAAUAUCAAAUUAAAAUGCAAAUCUUGAUUGGCUUCUCCCUAUCUAUCUUGAUUGGCUUUUCCCUUUCUAUAAGGUUGAGGUUUAGGUCCAGCGGCGCUCAAAGCACUAAAUAGAGCAGCCGGCGAGUUUUUACCUCUAGAGAUUUAGCCCUUCCAACGAGAUAAUAUCAAAUUAACAUGGUCCUCGUGAGUAGUGCCCUACAAGAACCUGUUCUAAUGAAAGCGCCCUUUCGCCCACGAAGCAAACCGAGCGACCCUCUCUACCACUUCGGGGGAACUGCGGCCGAUGAGGAGCCACCGACCAUCCCGUAUACGGACCCGAGGAACGGAUGGGAUGCUGAGUUCUAAAGACUUGCUUAUCUACUAGAUUGAAUGGUAGGAAGAUGUAGACUAUGGUUGUAGACUAGGCGGAGGUUCCUUAAUAAGUGAGUUACUGACUGAAAUACAAGAGUCUAGCUUGAGCAGGAUGUAGACUAUGGUGCUAGAUUUGGGGUGAGAAAAUGAGAAAAAAAUUAGGGUAUGCGGUUAGUAGAAGAGAUGAAUAGUUCAACCUCGAUGUAAGUAAACAUCUUUUCAUAUUACAAAUAAGUAGUAAGCACAUCAUCAAGUUUAGUUCUUGAAGUCGACGUAGGUAUACUGCAAUAAAUCUUGUUCCUGAGAAAGGAAAAAUUUCUGAAAUAGCACUAAGCGGUAGAAAUCGUAGCUCAUAUGAAGAAGUAAGUGAACCUCAACAUCAGCAGACUCUUCAGUGUCAGCAAUUCAAGUCUAUGCAAGUGAAUGGUGGCAAGUAUGCGGCUAUCAAAAGUCGAUUGCAUGAGGUUACAACAGAACACCCAGGCAGGAUAUCUCGACAUGUUUUCGUAUUUAGUUCAAUUGAAAAAGUCCCUCUUUCAACCACAUAUUCUACUUGUUUCAAGUAAAAAUGAUCAAACAAGAGCCUCGCAACAAGUAGUGUGUAGGGAAUAAAUUUUUUUAUACACGAUGAUGCUGAUCUUUUCUAGUAUUGAACGUUGUAAAUAGCAGAAAUACAAAUAUGUAGUUGCACUAGUAGUACACACGACGACGACUGAGCAUGUAGUCUUCUGAUUCAUAGUGCUCUUCUAAAAACUUACUAGAUGUGUGUACUAGUCGUGUUCGAACAAGGAAUUGGAAUGCCUCAUACGUUGUUGAAUGAUGCGGAGAGUACUUACAUGAAUCAAAAAACUCCGCCUCUGAUGUGUUACAUAGUGUGAACCUGCUGAACAUACAUCAACAUGGAAGACGUUCGUGUGACAGUCAUUUUCAUGAUGGGAAGAUCAACAUAAAGACGCAGAGAUUUGCCUGGCAUUCAUUGACAAUAUUGCCGGGAGGCUAACGGGGAACUCUUAGGCAGAUCGCCGAGUAGAUUAACGUCAUCAUUGCCAGGAGGCUAAUAUUUAUGCUGCUACAACUGAC